GUUAAAUCUAAACUGGGUUGGAAAAACGAUAGACGCCUCCGGUAUACCAAUACACGUUGAAUAUAGCACGUCGUAGUCUGGAGUAUUGAUUGUACAUACAGUACCAGAACACAACAAUAGUUGCUUCCUAACUAACAGCAGGCAGGCUAUUAUAACUAGAUACGUUCCUAACUUCUUCGUGAAAACUAGCUUCGUAAACAGCUAUUGUCUUCCGGCAGACACUCCUGACCCAAUGAGAGGACAAAUAGAUGACGUUCAUCCAAUCAUAAGCCGCUGCUGUCUCCCUGCAGCAGGAUCCUCCUACCAAUGUUGUAUCUCCAUUUUGGCGGCUGUGUGGAAAACAUGGCGGAAUAUUUGAAAGUGCGUGUGUGUGUCAGGUUGCAGUGUGUCCUGCAAGAUGUCCUGGGAGGACCUGCAGGCUCUGUGCCGCGGAGAGAAGCUCUACUGCAAACAGCUAGGGGUGAACCGAGGCAGCACCAAUGUCUAUGAUGUGGAAUUCAUCUGCGACUACAAGAAGACUAAGCAGGAGGAGUUCUACCUGUUGAAGUGGAAGGGCUUCCCGGAGUCGGAUAACAGCUGGGAACCCAAGAGGAACCUUAAAUGCCACAAACUGAUCAAGCAGUUCCACCUGGACCUGGAUCAGCAGCUGAGGCGCCACAAGAGACGCAACACCCCAAAAAAACUGGAUAAGGAAAUUUCCUCCUUCCUGGUCCAAAAAGCCAAGCUCCGUCAGAGUCUGAAGCGCUGGGAGGCCCAUCUGAACCAGACUCGCAACCACCCGGGCCGCAUUUUUGUUGCAAACGAAGUGGACCUUGAGGGCCCUCCAAAGAACUUCACCUACAUCAACAACUACAAAGUAGGCCAAGGGAUUGUGUUAGAUGAGAUGGCGGUGGGUUGUGACUGUAAAAACUGUUUGGAGGAACCAAUAAACGGCUGCUGCCCCGGGGCCUCGCUGCACCGCAUGGCCUACAAUGACAAGGGCCUGGUCCGGAUCCGGCCGGGACAGCCCAUAUACGAGUGUAACUCCCAAUGCAGCUGCAGCUCUGAGUGUCCCAACAGAGUAGUGCAGAAGGGCAUCCAGGUUGACCUGUGCAUCUUUAAGACGGAGAACGGCCGGGGGUGGGGGGUACGCACGCUGCAGCACAUCAAGAAGAACACCUUCAUCAUGGAGUAUGUGGGGGAGAUCAUCACGAAUGAGGAAGCCGAGAGGAGGGGUCUUGUGUACGACUGCCAGGGCUCCACGUACCUGUUUGACCUGGACUAUGUGGAGGAUGUGUACACCGUGGACGCAGCUCACCAAGGCAACAUCUCCCACUUUGUCAACCACAGCUGUAACCCCAACCUGCAGGUAUUUAAUGUGUUCAUCAACAACAUUGAUGAGAGGCUCCCAAGAAUCGCUUUAUUCUCAACACGAGCUAUCCGGAGCGGAGAGGAGCUCACCUUUGACUACAGGAUGCAGAUUGACCCGGUGGACACGGAGAGCACCAAGAUGGACUCCAGCUUCAACCUGGCGGGGCUCCCCGGCUCCCCGAAGAAGAGGAUCCGAGUGGAGUGUCGCUGUGGGUCCGACUCCUGUCGAAAAUACCUGUUCUGACAAAGGACUGGUAACACUGUCAUCUAUGGAGAGACGUUGAAAAUUGUACAGAUUUUUGUAUGAAUUUUUCUUUUCUUAUUGUCUAUGAAAUCUGAAAUUUAGCCAGAAACGUUUUAUAUGUGAAAUCCUCCAAUAUCAAAAUGAUCUAAAAUUUAAAAUAGAAACUGCAUCAGUGGAUUAUUUGAGUACUUAAAGAAACACAGUUUCAAUAUCUUUCUAACAAAAUGGAUAGGUCAUCAUGGAGCUGCACAUGGCGAGCGUCAUGUACACCGUCACCGCGGGAGAAGACAUUGUCACGAGGGCCAAAAAGACUAAACACGCAGAAGCAUGAAUGGGCCUUUAGGUGAUGACAAACUUACUGUUGUAAAAUUGUUCCACAGUUUGCAGAUCCAUUCCUGCUUCAGUCUGGACCUUCUGAGCUUACUGUAGUACUAGUGAGUAUACGUCCAGAUUUGGUGUAUCGUGUGUGUCUCCCCCCCCCUCGGCUGAUGUUCUGACUGCUCGAGUCUUCACCUCUUGAGAUCCUUUUUAGAGUUCCCACAUCUCAACUAUUAUCUCGGUGUCCACUGGUAGAAGUCAUGGACAAACAUUUUAUCCAGAUUGUUAGAAAAUGUCCAACCUCUGCUUGGCUUUAAAACGUCCUCUGACCUCAGCAGCUAGCAUUUUUCAUUAUUCACAUGGCUGCACACCACCAGGGAGGAGUAAGAAAAUGCUUCUCUGAUUAUAGUGAACUAUGUUUUUUAUAUUAAAAUGGGGAAGAUCAAAAUGACUCUUUCUAUUGGAUCUUUUACAGUGUAUAUAUUUUAACAUUUGAGUGAUUCUUCGUUGCUGACUGAUAGGUGGAGAGCAAAACAAUGUAAAUAAAUGUCUUUUACCGGUU